CUGUUCGAAUCCGGAGUGUCCGUACACGCCCAUGGAUGAGGGCAUGGCUAGGGUUUUUUAAUCAUUAAUGUCUCUGGUUCUAGGGGUUUUUUUUUCCAAAACGGUGUCGUAUCUGAAGGCUAAACACGAGACUCGUCCGAGGUGAUUCGGUUUCGAAGAAUAGUGACUCGCCAUGUACAGUGGGUCCAGCGAUGGCGAAGGCCACGAAGCCCCGACGCGGAAGAUCCCGCCGGCGUCGUCGAUGCUGUGGGUCCGGAACCUUCGCCGGUUCAUCGGAUCCGGUACCGGACUCGGAUCCGAAGCACUGAUGGAACUUGAGACGAAAAGAAUCUUGCUUGACAUUUUUAAAGAGAAGCAACAAAAGAGUGCUGAAGCUGGCUCAAUCCCAAGUUUCUAUAAAAAGAAACCUGAAGAAGGGUCCAUCAGUCACCGGGUCCAGAGGCUGGCAAAAUAUCGUUUUUUAAGGAAACAAUCGGAUCUUUUAUUAAAUGCUGAUGAUUUAGAUGCAAUGUGGGUUUGCUUAAGAGAAAAUUGUGUGAUUGAUGAUGCCACAAAUGCUGAAAAGAUGAAUUAUGAAGAUUUUUGCCACAUUGCCUCUGUUUGUACGGAGCAAAUAGGCCCUAAGUGUCGACGCUUUUUCAGCCCUUCCAAUUUCAUGAAGUUUGAGAAAGAUGAGUCUGGAAGAAUUGCCAUUCUUCCCUUUUACCUUUAUGUGAUGCGCACAGUUUCACUUACACAGGCCAGAAUUGAUAUGAGUGAGCUUGAUGAGGAUUCUGAUGGCUUCCUUCAACCCCAUGAAAUGGAGGCCUAUAUACGAGGACUUAUUCCCAAUCUGGCACAACUACGGGAUAUGCCUGCAGCCUUUGUUCAAAUGUACUGCCGCAUUGCUGCGCACAAAUUCUUCUUCUUUUGUGAUCCUCAUAGACGAGGAAAAGCCUGCAUAAAGAAGGUGUUGCUUAGUAACUGUCUCCAGGAAUUAAUGGAACUGCACCAGGAAAGUGAGGAAGAAGUCACUGAUACCGAGCAAGCUGAAAACUGGUUCUCUUUGACAUCUGCCCAACGAAUAUGUGAUAUGUUUCUUGCACUCGAUAAAGAUAUGAAUGGAACAUUGAGCAAGCAAGAGCUUCGAGAAUAUGCAGAUGGAACAUUAACUGAAAUUUUCAUUGAGAGAGCAUUUGAUGAGCACGUUCGUCGUGGCAAAAGUGGAGGGGGUAAUGCUCGGGAGAUGGAUUUUGAAAGUUUUCUUGAUUUUGUUCUGGCCCUUGAAAAUAAAGACACGCCAGAAGGUUUAACAUAUUUGUUUCGGUGCCUCGAUCUUCAUGGACGGGGAUACCUCACAACAGCAGAUAUUCACACGCUUUUCAGGGAUGUACACCAGAAAUGGAUUGAGGGAGGCAAUUAUGAACUAUGUAUUGAGGAUGUUAGGGAUGAAAUUUGGGAUAUGGUGAAGCCAGCUGACGAGCUAAGAAUUACAUUGGCUGAUCUACUAGCUUGUAAACAGGGUGGAACUGUUGCCAGCAUGCUAAUUGAUGUGCGUGGGUUCUGGGCGCAUGACAAUAGAGAAAAUCUUCUCCAAGAAGAGGAAGAGCCAGAAGAAGAAUGAAAGGCAUGAGAUACUUUAGGAGGCUAGGAGCUGCCCCUUGUACUAACAUCAAAUUUAGUGUAAUUUGUGGGAUUGUAUCUUUACCUAAUGGAAUGUUUUCUGUAUCGCUGGUUUUUUUGUGAGGACUGAGGAGAAUUGGGCGUGUGUAUCCAUCUAAUGUUAAAUGUUAAAGAAUUGUAGAUUCCAGACCUGCAGAAUAUGUUUCUAAUAUCCAAGCAUGGAUCAAUGCAACUAUUUAGUAAA